AUGACCAUGAGUGGAUCAGCUUCGACUGGUAAUGGAUGGAAAGGAUAUGAAGAGGUGUUGAGAAUGUUGCCAGGUAAAACUUUCGAUGAAGUACAGAGGCAAGAAGAAAGAGCCAUACGUCCCAAAAGAACGGUACAAGGACAGCAUCCACGUGUCACACUUGUAUUCUUCUUGGGUGGAUGCACAUAUAUGGAAAUCUCUGCAAUACGCUUUUUAGCACAAGAUGAUG